AUGACGAUUAAUCGUUCUUGGCUUGAUGGUGUUUGGCAUGGUUGGGGUCAUACGAGUUUUACAUGGCCUAUUCAAUUAACAGUAAAUUCAACAACAAAUUCAUAUAUUCUUGAUUAUGUUGGUCUUGGAGGUAAAAGUCGAUUAGAACGAUUGGAAGAAUUGGAUCAAGAAAUAUAUUUUCGUGAACAUUUAAUUGAAGGUGAAAAUUUUUCUGAUCAAGAUUUAUUUAUUAUUUAUAAAAUUGAUGAAAAUCGACUCGAGUUUAUAGCAUUUGAUGAUAAAAAUCUGUCGAUAUCAAAUAAUAAUGUUAUCGGUACUGGUACUAUGGUCAAAGAAAUUACUAAUUAG